UCCCGUUCCCGUAGAAAUACAGGGAUAAUAUAUACAGGUUAGCCUAUAGCCUUCCUCGAUAAAAAAGGUAUCUAAAUCUGAAAGAAUUUUUCAAAUUGGUCCAGUAGUUUUAAAGUCUAUUUAAUGUAAAGUAACAAAAAAGACACUCAAAUCUUUCAUCUUUAUAAUUGAGACGCGCGGAAGAGCGUCAACCAAAUUAGAGAGAACGGCUGACAAAGCGACAAGAUACACGAACCAUGUAUUCUAAGUUGGCAUAAUCGAUAAAGACACACAUUUGUGAUACUUAUUGAAUUUGACAUUUUCACAUUUAUGUUUUAACCAGCGGACGUUUUUCACUAAUUCCUCGGGUACCAUGGAUUUUUUCGGUAUAAAAAGUAGCCUAUGUGUUAAUCCAAGCUAUAAUAUAUCUCACUACCAAAUUUCAGCUAAUUCGGUUAUGUAGUCGAGGCGUGAAAAAGUAACAAACAUUUAUAUCAUCAAAAUCACACAUCUCGGGAAACCAUGGAUUUUUUCGGGAUAAAAAGUAUUCUAUUUCCAUUCAAAAUUUCAGCCAAAUCGCUUCAGUAUUAGCGGCGUUAAAGAGUAACAAACAUCCAAACAUCCAUACAAACUUUUGCGUUUAUAAUAUUAGUAGGAUAUGAUAAGAAACAGAGCUGUGAUAGCCCAGUGGAUAUGACCUCUGCCUCCGAUUCCGGAGGGUGUGGGUUCGAAUCCGGUCCGGGGCAUGCACCUCCAACUUUUCAGUUGUGUGCAUUUUAAGAAAUUAAAUAUCACGUGUCUCAAUCGGUGAAGGAAAACAUCGUGAGGAAACCUGCAUGCCAGAGAAUUAUCUUAACUCUCUGCGUGUGUGAAGUCUGCCAAUCCGCAUUGGGCCAGCGUGGUGGACUACUGGCCUAACCCCUCUCAUUCUGAGAGGAGACUCGAGCUCAGCAGUGAGCCGAAUAUGGGUUGAUGACGUAUGAUAAGAAAUAUAAAAAUACUUCAGACACCGUCUGCUUAUCUGGCGCAGCGAGUAGGUACCUACACUUUGGUAUCGUCAAAUAAAAUAGUUAUUGCAAUCAUUAAAAAGUAUUACGAUGACUUGGUCGCACGUAAAAUUAUAAUUAGCUACUAGCGACAAUGUCAGUAGAUACUUUAGUGACCAUGCCUAUUGAUAGAUGGAGUGACAUAAAAUCAGUGUUUAAAUCAGAUUGGCCGAGGGGUAUACUGGGCUAUCUUUUGUUGGAAAGUCAAGAGUUCCUUUUGAAGUCUGGGAUUGAUUACGGCUUCAAAUUGUAUUGCCCCUUUGGAGAUAUAAACAAUGGGAUAGUUGCACUUAAUGUAAAGAAUACAUUCUACGAUGUCCUAAUCCAAUGUCCAAAUGAUGAUACCAACCAUCUAGAAGAAGCCUUAAAAACUACUAAAAUCAUAGACUGGAGUAAAUGCAAUCAAAUUCCUACAAUGCCCAAACACGUAAUGGAUUGUGUGAAUAGAGUUUAUACGGCGAAGAAUCUCACAUUGACUAUGGAGGACAUAAUCGAGGCGGAUACGUUUGUUUUAGAUAAAGAAGUACCUCUGUAUGAUGUCAGAUUACCACCCAAUCUAACCUUCAAGCACAUUUCAAUGGAUUCUUUAAAAUUGAUAAAUGACAAUUGGCCACAUAGAUAUCCUGGUUCAGAAUGGUACUACGAGCUGCUAAUCAAAUCAAACUUAGGUUACGGACUCUACAACGAAAAAGAAUUGGUAUCGUGGGUCUUCAUCAAGGAAACUGGAGAUCUGGGUCAUUUGUACACGCUGAAAAACCAUCGAAGGAAAGGAUAUGGUGAAUUGGUUCUGAAACUAAUAUCAAAUAUACAGUUGAAAGAUAAAAAAUAUACUGUCGCCCACUGUGGGACAUACAAUACAAAUGCGGGAAAAUUGUAUAAGAAGCUUGGUUUUGAGAAUCUACUUAAAACUGACUGGUUUUUAACUGCUGUUGUUAUUAACAGAGAUAUUAAGACUAAUUGAGUUAAACUCAAAUUAUACAU